UUUAAACAUUUAGCAUUCAGAUUUUGAACAUUUUAAAAAUUUGCGAAAUGGUAUGUAAAUAAUACGGAUAUCCAAACUUCCGGAUAGCUGAAAUUCUAAUAUUUAACAUUUUGCAAUCCUUUUUAUGAAUGUGUAAAGCGAUAUUGCAUUGUUAUGGAUGGCGGAUACCAUAUGGUUAGCAAUAUCUGCUGCGGGGUAUGUAAAAUAAAAACAUACUACUUCUAAUAUAAAAAAUAUGCUUACUAAUGACAGUUUUAUUUCUGGCAGCUUUCCAAGUCCGGAAGUAAUAUUGUUUACCUGAGAAAUGUCGCUCUGGAUUCUGCUGGGACGUACAAAUGUCAAGUUUCGACAGAUGCCCCCACGUACAGCUGUGUACAAGCUGUGAAAGAAAUGAAUGUUGUCAUUUUACCAAUGGAUGGUCCUACGAUAUCUGGAGGAGAAGGUAGUUACGACUUUGGUGACAAUGUGACCCUGAACUGCACUUCUGCCAAAUCCAAGCCUGCUGCUAAGCUCAGCUGGCUUGUUAAUGGACAACUUGUGGAUGACAGUGAGACUAUUGACCAUGGCGUAACUGUUUACGGUGACAAUUUAGAGGUUACUUCAAAAACUUUGCAAUUACCGGUGACAGAGACUCUUUUGAGUAAAGGCAAAGUUGCCAUAAAAUGUGAAGCAUCUUUCUACGGUAGAGUAGCCAUGAUCAGUCGAGACAUCACUAUAAUAGAAAUCGACGGAGCUUCAAGUUAUACAUUUAGGAGCACAAUUUUGCUCAUAUCUAUAUUUAUAACACUAUGGCCAGGUUUCAGGUGAGUUGGAUUAUUCUUAAUACUGGAAUCAUAUUUUAUAUCAUGAGUCAUCCAAGGACUGAGGAUAUAUCGUCUUUCAUAGACUAAGGAUCCUCAUUGCCCUAUCCUCAACUGGUUUUUCGAGACUUCAACGUUAUGUGUUUACGUGUAAUUUGUCUACAGAAAACUUUACGUCGAUGUCCUAAUUAUAAAAGAUGUUCGUAUAUCUCAUUGUGACUUAUACCAAGGCUAUGCCGAGAAGGUGCUUCGCAGACAUCAUAAUACCAGACAUUUGACUAAUAUCGCGCCUCAUUCAAAAUACAAGAUGAAUCGUUGUGAAAUCUGAUUAUUGUAUCUUUUUGUAUGCAACAUUUUCCCUAUUGCAUCUUCUUAAGAAAAUGAACUUCAUGAAUAAUAAGGUUCAGAAUUCUUGAACCAUAUAUAAACCUAAAAUGCAUCAUUUAAGCUAUUGACUGAGUUUUCCAUAUUGAAAAGAUACACAUUUCUCAUAACAAAAUUUUAAAAUUCAUGUGUAAUGUAAUAUGUUCUCUGUGUAUUAUAAUAAUUUUCUAAUUCAUGUGUAAUAUAAUAUCUUCUAUGAGUUUGUUGAUAAACAUUGAAGCAACAUAUACGUACAUGUACGUAUAUAUGUAAUAUUUCCGACUUAUAAGUAUACUAAAAAUCUUGUACUUGAAGUUUAUAUGUAUAUAUAUUUUUCCUAACAAAGAAAUAAGAUACAACUGCAUUACCGUCUAAUAACUCCUUGAAUGGAUAUGAGAAAUUCACGUUUUUAAGAAUUUAAAUUUAUUAAAAGCUUCUAAAUACUUUAAAUGCAUAAGGUGUCAAUCGCCUAGGAUCUAGGAUGAUCUUGGUAGAUCAGCCGUUCUAUAUGAUUUUGAACUUCUGUGAAGGGGGUCGUCUUAGAGAUGUGAGCCAGUAUUUGUCUAUGUUCUGAGAAAUACUAAAUAUUUGCACAGAUGGCCAUCUUAAAAAGGUAAUAACUAAGACAGGAUUCAGUUUAUUUGUAUUACAUAUUUUUUUUACCAAGGCUAUCUCUUAGCAUAAAUUGAUCUUCUGUUAUACAGUGCAAAACUUAAAGUUAUUGCAUUAUCUUAAAAGUUAAGAUUAUUUUUCACUUUUGUAUAAUAGUUCCUAGUUCUAUUUACGUUACGUUUUUAGACCCUGAUAUUUGUUUCUGUUUUAAUUAUAAUAUACAUUGUGUUCGUAAGAUAUAGCAUAAUUUUUCAUGUAUAGUUUCUUAUGCAGUAUAAUAUGAAUUAACAAUAAUUUAUUUUACUUUUGUUGUGCAAGUAAGUAAACCUAACAUUUCUUGUUAAAAACUUUUCUUAGACUUCUAAAAUCAUUAAUAAACGUAGAAAAAGAGAAAUUGUUUACAUUGUUAUGUUUAUAUAUAUUUUCAAUAUUUUUACUUCAAUUUCUUUUGUUUUGGAUUAGAAUAAUCUAAUUGUUUGUAA